UUUUUGGUACAGCAAUUUCCGCUUUUGUUGUAGGUGGAGGAAUUUACUUUCUGGGCCAGGCUGAUGUAAUCUCUAAACUCAACAUGACAGACAGGUAAACCUUUCAUACUGCAACACCUGUGUGGCUGUACUUUCUUACUGGGGAAAGUUUUCUCCAUAUUGAUUCCUGACUUCUCUAUUGUGUCUCUUGGUUUGGCUGGUGAUUUCUGCUGUAGAAUCUAUUCUGAAUUAAUGUGUAUCUCCAAAAUGAAUCAAAACUAUCUUGAAGAAUGUUGAAGAUCUCUAGUCAGAGAGUUGCUGACGGGAAUGAUUUAGUUUCAGGUUUCAAGGGAAUAACUCUUGAUUCAUUAACUGGCUCCCUCACACACACAUACACACACACUGCAGGCUACUACACAUUUGUCCUUUUAUUAUUAGAGAUCACCUGCAGCUCAUUUCUAGAGCUUUUCAAUGGUCAUAAUGGAAAUUUGUCUCCUUGACAGGUUGGGAUGGAGUCAGGGGUGAGGUGUCGGCCUUUGCUCUGGGAUUCCCACUAAAGGGAGUGGGGAGGGGGCAGUGGAAGCAGGCAGGGCAGGGCCUCUGUUGUGGGCACCCGCCCCAGGCUGAAGCUACUCGUCGGACACUCAGAGCUGCUGUCUAGGAGCCCAAUCCAGGAAUUUCCAUAAUCGGCUUAGCAGGAAGCAACCUAGGCAGCUGUCUCUUGGGAAGGUACCAGAUCUAGUGCUAAAAAAGUGCACACACAGAGUGUGACCUGGUUUCUCCUCGCCGAGACAGCCAGUGAGACUGCAACCCGUCUCUGUGUUUCUCUGCCAAGAACCCUGGGUUCUGUCCUCUGGCCCGGCUGGGGCGCUUGAACCCAGCGCUCAGCCCCGGGGGCCUUUCACUGGACCAGCGAGAGCGCUCAGCCUCUACAGCAGCACCUUGGAGCCCUUUUCGUGGGAAAUGUGCCUUCCAUAACAUCAAGUCCAAUCUCGUUUUCUCUCCAGGGACGUAGAUUUCAAAGCUUUUGUUGUAAGAUAGUCUCGAUAUAUAAACACGGAGGGAAAGACGCAUUCUUGUUUCACAGGGAGCAGGAAGCAGAGCAGAAUUGAUGGCCUGUACUUUGUAGGUGUUUUGCAACUGAAAAGAAAUGCUCAAAGCUCAGUGGCUGUAAAGGCAGAUAUCAUAGUAUUCAGUCCUUCAGCCUGUCUGGGGACAGUUGGUUAGAGAGAAAAGAAAUACUUGAUAAAUCCUUGUGACAUUGAAUGGGACGGGUGGAUGGGAUGUUCAGGAAGUGAGGAAUAAAAGGAUUGGCCCUUCGACUAGCAGAGUAAGAUCCAGGUGGAGUUUCUAUGUGGGCAGACACUUCCUUUCCUGUUAGAAAGUGACUGUCACACAGAUUGUGGGGGUGGGAGGGGGUGUCCUCUGGGGAAAUUAGCUCGCGGUUAUAAACCACACAGCUGCAGGGCCUGGCGGAACCCUUCACAGAAGGAAGCUGGCCAGGUGUGUGUCUAGAGCUGGUGACGGUGGUGAACCAAGGAGCCCACUCUGUCUGAAGGGGACUGCCACCUCUUAGCUGCAUCUAGUAAUUACUAUGUAGAAACAUGGGCCCAGAAUGACUAGAUACCUAAUUUUUUAAUUCAAAAGAGGCCAAGUUUCUAGAUUUUAAUAGGGAAUUUUUCCAGUUUUAAAUGUUGGCAACUUAAUCCAGUUUAAAACACCAUGCAAAAAAAAAAAAUGAUAGAGUACUUUUUAAAAUCAUAAAAAAAUAAAAAUAAACCACCAUGCAGGUCACGUGUGGACCUCUGCACUGUAGAAAACAUGAAAUUAACUUUGUUGCACAGAAGAUUUUACUUUAUGGGUGUUUCUACCAGAAAGCGAGUUCCCUCGUAGAUGCACGCUGUAUUAUUUCACCACCCCAGUCCAUUCUCUUUCUGUUUUGUGGACCUUCCUAUCUUCGGGGAUGACAGACUCAGGAAAACGCAUUGUUCAGGUGAACUUCCGGCUCCUGGCCUUUGAAAGACUGGAUCCUGAGGUGUGAAGUGGAGCAGCUGAGGGCAAGGUUCAGUGACCGCUUAGAGGCAGAACUCUCCAUGAUCCAGACAGUUCAUAGUUCAGCCUUUCCAUGUUCUCUGUCAGAAACACUGUGCCCUAGUUUAGAUUCACAACCAAAGCCAUAUGUGCUCUACGGUCUGUGCCAGGUGCGACUCCCCUUACUUCUUAGGGGAAUUUCAGACACCCAAGAAGGGGAGGCACUGCCUGCACACGACCACCUGGAUCCCACAGUCACUGUUGAGCCAGAUUUGCUGUAACACAGGUCUGGCCAUCUCUCCAUCCCUGUGUCCAUUCAUCAGUCCGCCUUCUCCUUCCCGCUGUUCGAUUUCCAGGUCAGGAUGCCACGGGGACUGUUGCAGAGAGCAGCAGUCAGUCCUCUUUGGUGCAGCUGAAACCCGGCACCAUCUCGUUUUAGAAAAAAAAAAGCAGUUUGUUGACUCAUGAAACUGAAGUGUCCCCAGAGCCACGGGCUUCCUGCACGAUAGCCUCUGGGGACCCGGUGUCCGGAACCCCUGCCCUCUCUGUCGUCGCUCAGCCUUUCCCUGGUCAGCCUCACCGCGGGCGUGCUCACCCUGCUAGGCCGCACAAGAGGCUCCAGGCUCACGGUCCCCCUCACUUCAUCCACCCCUGCCAGGAGGGCCAGCCGGAUUCCCGGUGACCUGAUAAGAUGCCUGCUGACGGUCCUCUGACCAGGCUUGGGUCCCCUGCCUACUCCUCGAAGCCCACAGAACCCCGCAGCUGGAGGGUGGGGGGGGCUGGGCUCCACAAAGGAAAGCUGGAGGGCGCUCACUGGAACUGGGGCUGUGGGUGCCCCCUGAAGGAUGAGGGGAGGGCCGGCCGAGCCACACAAAGUCAGUGCCCGAUGCACGACCCACCCACGGCUCCCAGGUCCCCACGCCACUUGGGGAUGUACUUUGUAAAAUUUUUGGCUGCAACUCACUGCUUUCAGGAUCUUAGUUCCCCAACCAGGGAUUGAACUCGGGCCUCUGCAGUGAAAUCGAGGCAUCCUAACCACUGGACCACCAAGGAAGUCCCCAAGAUGUAGUUUUUAGACAUUCUUCUUCCUUCGAGGCCCUUUAUGUUCUGUGGGCUGCAGAGCGAGGGCCUCAAGGCCAGCUGCCAGCAGCUCACAGCCUCCUGGGUUGGUGGGAUUACCUCUCCCGCCCUCCUGCCUGCCUGCCUUCCCCAAAUAGCAGUUCAGAGCCUGAGAACACACCCGUGACUAAAGCAUGGCACCCACCGCCUGGGCGCUCAGGGUGGGGGCAAGAGGUAAAGUCACAGCUCGUAAAGUGCAUGACAGUCUCUGUGGGGACAGGGCAAGUCUGAGAACUGCAGUCUGAGCUGAGACUGUCUUUCAGGGUCUGCUCCUCAGCUUGGGACCUGGAGACCAUCCUCAAAGUGAGCAGGCUUUCCCGUGUGAGUGCGCAUUAACCCAGCUCCCAGGGCACUAUCACGGAAACCAGAAGGCUGGGUUCUUGAUGUAUGAAGAGCUCUGUAGCUGGCCAGGCAGCCAGGAGUCCCCUCCUGCCAGCCACUCCUCUCCCUGAGCUCAGAGCUGGAUGAGCACGGAAGCUGCCGGGGACAGCCAGGGGACAGCACGCCCUGGUCCCAGGCCAAGUAGCCCCUCUUCCCUCCCAGAAGGGAGGGCUGGAAGCGGGUGGAUGGGCCCGAGACUGUCCCCUGAUGGCUCCAGGAAAACGGCGCCAGGCGUAGCCUUUUGAGGGAGUCGAAGGCUUGCAAGAACUCUUGGGGAAACAGACACAUGGGUGAGAGAAUAACCGUCCCAACCCCUUAGGCAUCCCCCAGGGGUGACCUGGCCUUGCCUCCCGCCCAGCCCCCGUUUCUCCGGCCACUCUGGCUCACUGCACCGCCGCCAGAUCUCAGGCAGCCAAGCUUGCUCCACCUCCAAGGGGCUCACUCUGGUCACUGCCCCCAGUGCCUUGGCCUGGCCACCUGCUUUUUGUCACGUAGGCCCUUGUUUCAGCGAUCCUCAUCUCUUCAGAGAGGCCUUUCCUUCCCCCCCGAUCUGAGGGGUCCCCACCCACACCAUCCUGCCACAUUAUUCCCAUCACCCUGACUUCUGUGUAGCACUGGCCGUUUCCUGAACUGGUCUUGGCCCCCGGGCAUUGCUGUGUCCGGCGUAGCGGGUCAGAGCCCCCACUCCGAGUCAGCUGGCCUGUGUUUGCAUCCUGCUUGGGCAGGGCCCUUAACCUCAUCGUCCCUCAGUUUUCUCCUGUGUAAGCGGGGCAGUGUGAGGUGCAAACUGGUUUCGUACUGUUGCUGUGUGGAUUAUCGAGUUACUGUCUGUAAAGCGCUUAGAACAGUGCCUGGGACAUGGUAAGUACCACAUAAGUAUUUGCUGUUAUUAUGGCCUCAGUGCUUGAAACAGAGUAGGCGAUUAGUGCAUGUGUGCUGGAGGAAUUAGACCUUCGUGGUUGCUGGGCUGAGAGCACUGGCCUGGUGGGAGGCAGCCCUGGUUUUGAUGUCUGCCACCCAUGCCGCCCGGCCCCUGGAGCACGCUGGAAGUGCUGCGGACUUUUGGCACUUCCUCAGAUGUUGCAGAUCUGAGUGGAGGCUGGCGACCGUCACAGACGGUACUCUGGUGGCCUGGUGACAAGGGGCAAAGCACAGGUCAAGCCCAGGAGCACAUGGGCCCUUUGGGGGCCAUGGCUCCAGCUGCCCUGACCAAGAAGGCUGGGAUGUCCGUCAUGUGUUUAAGCAGAAGCCUGCCUUCUGUCUCUGCUCAAGAUAAAGGCUCCAUUCUCAUGGUGGAAAACCAGGCCACUGCUCACAGCUCCUUGUGGAGUGGACCUUUCACUGCUCCACCCACAGUGUCGAUCAGCAGUUUUGCAUUUGGCUCCCUGAUUUCUGCCGUUGAUCCAGUAGCCACUAUUGCUAUUUUCAACGCCCUUCAUGUGGACCCAGUGCUCAACAUGCUGGUGUUUGGAGAGAGCAUUCUCAAUGACGCAGUCUCCAUUGUCCUGACCAACACAGCUGAAGGUUUAACAAGAAAAAAUAUGUCAGAUGUCAGUGGGUGGCAGACGUUUUUACAAGCCCUUGGCUACUUCCUCAAAAUGUUCUUUGGCUCUGCGGCACUUGGCACCCUCACUGGCUUAAUAUCUGCAUUGGUGCUGAAGCACAUUGACCUGAGGAAAACGCCUUCCUUGGAGUUUGGCAUGAUGAUCAUCUUUGCCUACCUUCCAUACGGGCUCGCAGAAGGGAUCUCGCUCUCGGGCAUCAUGGCCAUCCUGUUCUCUGGCAUUGUGAUGUCACACUACACGCACCACAACCUGUCCCCGGUCACCCAGAUCCUCAUGCAGCAAACCCUGCGGACCGUGGCCUUCUUGUGCGAAACAUGUGUGUUUGCAUUUCUUGGCCUGUCCAUUUUUAGUUUCCCUCACAAGUUUGAAAUUUCCUUUGUCAUCUGGUGCAUAGUGCUUGUGCUGUUCGGUAGAGCGGUGAACAUUUUCCCCCUCUCCUACCUCCUGAAUUUCUUCCGUGACCAUAAAAUCACCCCGAAGAUGAUGUUCAUCAUGUGGUUCAGCGGCCUGCGGGGCGCCAUCCCCUACGCCCUCAGCCUCCACCUGGACCUGGAACCCAUGGAGAAGCGGCAGCUCAUCGGCACCACCACCAUCGUCAUCGUGCUCUUCACCAUCCUGCUGCUGGGCGGCAGCACCAUGCCGCUCAUCCGCCUUGUGGACAUCGAAGAUGCCAAGGCACGCCGCCGGAACCGCAAGGACGUCAACCUCAGCAAGACCGAGAAGAUGGGCAACACCGUCGAGUCGGAGCACUUGUCGGAGCUCACCGAGGAGGAGUAUGAGGCCCACUACAUCAGACGGCAGGACCUCAAGGGCUUCCUGUGGCUGGACGCCAAGUACCUGAACCCCUUCUUCACACGGCGGCUGACCCAGGAGGACCUCCACCACGGGCGCAUCCAGAUGAAAACGCUGACCAACAAGUGGUAUGAAGAGGUGCGCCAGGGCCCCUCGGGCUCGGAGGACGACGAGCAGGAGCUGCUGUGAUCGAGCGACACCCGGGACGACCCCGCAAGGCCCCAGGCGCGCGCAGGGGCAGCUCUCCGCUCUUCAGGGCGGAGGGAAGGAGGGUGACACCCGGGCCAGGGUCGUCCCAGCCCAGGACUCCGGGCCCUGUGGGCCAGCCGACUGCCCUGCAGCUCCCCUCCCCGCUCCUCACUGGGCCUGACCGCGGCCCGCAGACUGGAGGGCCCCCAUGUAGGUAGAUUCUUCCUAUUGCUUCCAGAGCCAGGGAGCAUUCAUCUGUCCGGCGAGGUGCCCGAGAGGACCGGCCGUGCGGGGUGUCCCGGGAUCGCGGUGCCAGUCACUGACAUCCCUGGCCGCUGCCUUCAUCACGGAGCCCUUCCCUGCCGGGGGGCGUCGAAACCCGCGGGGCUGCGAGCCGGCCGCCGCUUCCCCGCGCCUCGUCACGGUGCCGCGGCUCUCAUCCGAGCGGCGGGCUCAGAACCCUCAGAACCUCGCCCUCCCCUUCGUGAUGUUGCUCUCGCUCCGUGAAAAGGAGAAACCGAGUGACCGUUAUUGUUUUACCUCCGACUGGCACCUCACAGGCUGUCUCCCCAGGCGGCAGGCGGCUCCCGCCUUCUCUGGGAAUGCUGUGAAUGUUUACACUGGAACCGCGCGGGCACAGGCCCUCGGGCCCCGUGGGAAGCUGCAGCCCUGGUUUGGGGGGUGAGCGAGCCUCUGUGGGCUCAGCGCCCUCUGGAGGGGAAACGUGGAGGCGCGGGUUUGUGCGGGCCUGCAGCCGCUGUCUGAAUUCGCGUUAAGUUGCUGCAUUUUGACGGAGCAGUGAGCCUAGCGGUACGUCCCUGACCUGACUCCUCGCUCAGUGCUCGUUCGCCCAGGCCCCUUUCCCUGGGCUCCGCCCGUGCCGUCAGCUCAUCAGCAUCUCUUCUUUCCCGCUCCCUGUUCUCUGCCGUCUUGAGUCCUCUGUUUGUCCCCGGUGCACCCGCUUCCCGGGACCCCCGUGGCCUGGAGCCGGAUGCAUCCGCGCCUCACCCGCCAUGCGCAAGCAGCUCCUGCUUCCUCGGGACUCACGCACAGGGCGCUUGCACGUGCUCGCGCCCUCUUUCUCUCACACGCACACACAGCACCGUGGUCCGGCCCCUGGGCCAUCUCAAGGUGUGAGCUGCCCAUCACCACAUGCAUGGAGUCACUGAGUUGCCCGCGUCCACCACCAUCAGUGGCCCUUUAACACGUCUCUACCCGGCUUGCUCUGUGCAUCCCCAGGCCACCGGCGAUUUCUGUAUGUGGCUCAGGGUCCCAGCUGGAGCCUCGGAACUCGGCACCCCCUGGGGUGGUCCAGUUCAUCGCAGGCACGUCCCUGGCUCCGUUGGGGACCCGGUGGACCGGCGUGGACCUUGGGCUGCAGCAGAGCUGUCUCCGUCUUUUCCGCCCCAGGCAGGGUGGCUCAGGGUGUGAGGAGGAACGGGCCUCAGGACCUUCCCGGACUCGCGUGCCCUGCGUGCAAGGCUGCACCCCUGCCCCCACCCCUCCCCUUUCCCCGGAAGUGUAGGUGUGAAGCCAGGCAGGCGGACAGCCCAUGGCUUCCUUUUUGUGCAUGAAAAGUAAAUCUGUACUUGACUGCUAAAA